AUGAAUAAUCUACAACGAGUUCGAAGAUCUUCUUCGAUUGGUGGAUCGACAAGUUCACUUGCUCGAAGAAGUAGUAUUUCACCGAAAGAUAUCAUUGCGUUGCAAGAAGCUUUACAGGUAAAAAACCGAUAGAUCAAUGUAGAAGAGGGUUGACUAGUAGUCACCCUAAUUCAGCAUUCCACCAAUAAGAUCUAAGGCUCACCCCUCCAAUUCAAAUGUUUGCAGAAACAACAAAAAAUCUCAAAUCAAGUUGUUUGGAUAUUAUUUUUCAUCUUACCGCCAUUCACAUUUUUCCUAUUUUAUUCCAUUUCAAUUCAUCGAGGAUGUUUCAUAGAGGUAAUAUUUUCACCGUUUGAAAGAAAAAUCAAGUCACAAAAAAUCACAGAACAAAAACAAACUUCAAAAAAAAAAAAAUAAAAAACAUAAUUUCAGCUUUAUUGUUACUGCGACUUUUUGAUGAAAUAACUUUUUUUUAUUUUUAAAUAAUUUUUUCACCAAGAUACUUGUCCAUAUUCACAAAACACCCAAUAUAUUCCCCUUCUUGUCUCAAAGUUCUAACAACCUUUAGAAACAACACAUGCCUAAUUCAUAUUUCAAAAAAGAAAAGAAAUAUUAUUUCUCCCGACCUCAAAGUUUUUAGAAUAUUCUAAAACUUCCUUUCAAAAGCAAAUCAGUCUAAACAAUUUCGAACUCUACUCUCUCCGACUAAAACUUCACUACUCAAUCGAACCCCAAAAAAAGAACUAACCUUUGAAAUUCGUUCUUCGAUCAUCUCAUCGCUCAAGAUUGAUGUAUCGCUUCAUGUUUUCUAUCAAAAAUCAUCUCGAAUAUUUCAAUUCACGGCCAAUCUGAAAAACAUUUUUUAAUUUAAUGAAAGUUUUGGUUGUUUUUUAUUGAUUCAAAACUCUAUCCCAAAAAAUGGGCGACCAUACGAGAGAGAGAGAGAGAGAGAGAGAGAGAGAGAGAGAGAGAAGAGACAAAAAGGUAGUGAAAUCGCGGGUGAUCUACAGUGAUUUAAAAACUUGCGGGACUAGGUUAGGAAUUUUUUUUAAUUUAACAAAAAAAAUAAUUUCGCGGUGUAAUCAUCUCACUACAAUCUUAGGUCUAAUACCUUCAGUGCUUUCCAAUAUUCAUGCCUUUUCUUUAAGUAAACUCACGAUACAUUUCAAAAAAUUAAGGCGGCAAUCCAAGCGUUUUGAAAAAUCAGAGAAGAUUAUAAAUUUUUAAAAAUAAUAUUUACGUGAACGCCCUUAAAUUCUUAUAAAUUCAUUCUUAUAAAAUUUGUCGACACGAAGUACGAUAAGUUUCAUACUCUGGUUGUUUUGAGGUUACGGUGGUUUCUGAAAUAUUUUUCUCCAAAAAACUUAUUUCUUUCAGACAUUUCAAUCUCUAUUCACCCGUUCUCCAUUUAUUUUCCAAACAAUUCCUCCACUUUUCAAUACAAUUGCAUGGAAAUUCACAACAGUUUACUGUGCAAUUCAAUUGAUUUUUUAUUGGAUUUUACCACAUGAUCAAGCACUUGUUAUGAGUUCAGCCGGAGAUGAAAUUCGAAAUAUCAACAGUUUUUUCUCGUGUCUUAUAACUUGUCUACUGUAUGUUUUGGGUGCAUCAACUGGAAUUUAUGGGUAAGAUUUUUCUCUUCAAAGAUUUGUUUCAAACGAAAAAGUUUUCAGUGGUGACUUGGUUUAUAUUCAUUUCAAUUCAAUUAUUUUGAUAUUUUCAAUUCUUUCGAUUAUAACCCUUGUAUAUUUGGUUACUUCAUAUCGUUUUGGAUGUGAUAAUGAUAGUGAGUUCAAAUAUUCUCAACACAAAAUUCUAAUUAUUUUAUCCAUUUCCAUUUCCAGUAACAACAAUAACAGAACUAUAUUUUGGAAUUGAAGCACAUCCAAAAAUUCUUGACAUUGAUCUCAAAUCGUUUAUCAGAACAAGAUUUACUUUUAUUAUUUGGCCAUUAUAUAUUAUUUCUUCGAUUUAUCACCACAAAUUGAUAUAUGGAAAAGUUUCGAGUUAGUUCUAUUUUUUCGAAAUUUUUGAACAUUUCCAUUUUUUCAGAUAGUUUAUAUUGUCUUUCGGUUUCUCAGUUAUUUUACAUUGCAAAGUUUCAUUGGAAUGAAGAUUUGUAUUUGAAUUCUUUGGAUUCCAAAAGAUGUAAUUGUGGAUUUUAUCGACUUUGGACCGAUUUUGUAUUGAAUCCUGUUGUUUAUACAGCUCCAAUUACAGUACUUGCACAGUCAAAUCGAUCUCUUGGAUCUAUUUCAAAUUUUAUUUUUUCAAUUUUGGCCAUUUUCACAAUUGUCGCUUCUUCAUUAAUUGAUAGGCAAAAAUACGAAUUCCGGUUGGUUUUCAAAAUAUUGUUGAAAUAACUCACUUUUUUUUAGUAAAUCCAAAGGAGAGCUGAAAGUGAAUGGUGUUGAUGCAUUUUUCAUCAGCGCCAAAUAUAGAACGGAAAGUGGAGAUUCGAAUGUAAACCUCCUUCUUGGAAGUGGAUACUGGGCUUAUUGUCGACAUCCGAAUUAUUUGCUAGAAGCAGUCACAUUCCUAACUUUCAGUGCUUUCCAAGGAUUUCCGUCAACAAUAGCGCAUUUUCCGAUGCUGUUUGUAAUAGGAUUUCUGGUGGCAAGGGCGUUCACCGAUGAAAAUCGAUGUUUAAUAAAAUAUGGUCAAUACUGGGUUCAGUAUUGUUCUAAAGUGAAGUACAGGUUUUUACCAGGCGUGUAUUAG